GGACACCAUUCACCUUUCCAAGUGUGGCACUGUCUACCACCAUGACCCUAAAGUGCAUUAGCAUGGCUGCUGUUACCAGGCAUUGAGAGGAGAUGAAAGAAAAAUGGAUGGGACUAACAUCUUUAUCGCAGUUCAGAAGGUGUACUACCCCCUGCUGUGCAUAAUGGGUAUUCCAGCCAACCUCUUCACAUUCUACAUGAUCUGCUUUCGCAAAUGUGGGAUGUCUGAGACAGCCAUCAUCUACCUGAGCUUCCUGGCCAUCGUGGACACCUUCUACCUGAUCUGGGUGAUCCUCCUAGAUCUGACCCUGACAUUCCUGCAGGAGGCGCCCUUCUGGCACUCCAACCCCUGGUGCGGAAUCCUGGGGUUCCUGCAGUUCGGCUCCCUCUACAGCUCCUCCUGGAUCGUGGUGGUGUUCACCAUCGAGCGAUAUCUGGUCCUGAGCAUCACCGUGGCCAAGCAGCACUUCUCCCAGGCCCGGGUCACGGUGCUCACCUGCGCCACCAUCGUCCUCGUGUCCCACCUGGCCUCCGUCCCUAUGGGCUGGAUCAACGCCGUCACCCCCGCCAACCUGACCCUGCCGGGGGGGCAGAACGUGACCCAGCCCCGGUGCCGUUACAGGGACGGGGUCUACGCCACGGUCAUCGUGUGGGUCACCACCUUCCUCUCCGGGGGGAUCCCCAUCGUCCUCAUCAUCAUCUUCAACUCCCUGAUCGCCUACCACCUGACCCGGGCGAGCAAGCUCUUCACCAAGGAGGAGAGGCGGACCAUGAAGGGCGUGACCACCAAGGGCAUGGUACGGAGGACCAUCCUGCUGCUGGGCACCGUGUCCGUCACCUUCGUGGUCCUCAGCCUCCCGCGCUUCGUCACCUACUGCAUUCUCCGCACCGUGCACAACGACGACGCCUUCAACAGGAACGACUACUCCAUCCCCAUCAACGUCAUCAGCGACGUGGCCAACAUGCUGCAGAACCUCAACUCCACCACCAACUUCCUGCUCUACUGCAUGGUGAGCAGAAGGUUCCGGCAGGAGCUCCUCUACCUGCUGACGUGCAAGACCAGGGCUCGGAAGCUGGGCUCCCUCCUCACACAGACUACCAUGAAGGUCUUCUCCAUCGUGGACCACAAGGCAGAGUCCUCCAAGGAGGCCGGAGGCAUCGUACUCACUAAAGUGAAACAAGCAGAGUAGACCAGGCCUACCCAGGGCCUUCAACUAAGUUUCCCAAGGUGCACUGCAAAGGGAUGCUUGAAAUAAUCGGACCGGUCACCCUCAUCAAACAAUCACAACAAAGUUUUUGAGAUGGCAUAAAUAUUAAAAAGUGACAUCCUCUUUUAUAAAUAAUUGUUAUUUGUCACUUGUUGUCUUGUCAGAUUUUGUAUAUAUAUUUAAUUGCCAAAUGUUGAAGAUUUAUAUGUGGAGCAGAGAUGAAAAUUUAAGCUGCAUGUUCUCUUUGGAAGGUCAUAUAUGAUAGGCAUUUACGCUUCAGCACAAAUGCUUAAAAUGCAGGUACAUGGAGCACAUACAUGAUGUACCCCAAAGUGAAGAAUGAAAUUAAUUACUGAAUGUGAGUUACUGAGAGCACCCUAGGGUAUAUAGUUGGCUGUAACAUUAACCCCCUUACUGGGGAAAAAAACCUUUCUGAAUCUGCAAUGAACUUCAUACAUGCACUCCUGACGCACCAGGAUCACAGCCUCUCCAGUCCAUUGGCAUUCUACAGCUUUCUCUGGGCCACUGGGGAAGUAAAUAUUCAGUCUGCUUGCCCCAGCUGACACCUUCACUGAGACGGUCCAGAGGGUGGCUCAAAGGCCUUCACGUAAGGGAGAUGAAAGCUACCCUGCCAAGACAGCUCAGAGUACGCAAAGUUAUGGUAUAGUUGUGCACAACUGCAAACAAGACCUAUAUUGUACAAUAUUGUCUUGCUUGUGUUGUUUGCACACUACCUUUCUUAGCAGACAAUUGUUUAUCACACUCAUCAGUCUACUCAGAUAAAUUGUAUUUCUUGGCAUUUGAUUCGCAAAUGUAUGAAAGGUUGAAUCAACUGUAUUUC